GUCUAUAUAAUGGAGUACCAACAAUUAAAAAUUAAAAUUUCUAAAUUAUAACCUAGUGUAUGCUUGUUGACAUUAAAUUUAGUCCUUAAAUUUAAUAUAAAUAUGCCAUCAAAAAAGAAAAAAUAUAAUGCAAGAUUUCCAGCUGGAAGAAUAAAAAAAAUUAUGCAAACAGAUGAAGAAGUUGGAAAAGUGGCACAAGCAGUACCAGUAAUAAUCUCUAGAACAUUAGAGUUGUUCGUCGAGUCUCUUUUAACGAAAUCAAUGCAGAUAACACAAGCAAGAAACGCAAAAACAUUGACUCCGUCCCAUAUGAAACAGUGUAUUUUGUCAGAAAGUCGUUUUGAUUUUCUAAAAGACUUAGUUAAGAACAUCCCCGAUGCAAGCAUACAAGAAGAUAAUGAAAAUAAUGCGCUGUUUGAGGAAGGUUCUCUCCGAGGAGAAGAGGUUGUCGAUGAACCGAGUCCAAGUUUACCCAGUAGUGCUAGUAGUAGGGCUAGAUCGUCGAGGGGAAGUACCCACGAACGAAAUGUUCCUCAAACUGAUGUCUACGUCCCUACUCAUUCUCACACAGCCUUGAAUGAACAAAGUACCUCCACAAGCAGAACGCCUGUGAUUCAAUACGGCCCAAAAGUAGUAAAUGCGGAGAAUAGCAAGAUAAAUUUUUCUGUGACUAAUUUAUUAAAACCAGACGAACCAAAAUUGCAUGUAACAAUAGCUUCUGAAGAGUUGGCGGGAGUUCCACAACUUCUACCCACAAGCAGAUCUUCUAGCAGUUUACCACCUAGAGUAAAUCCUAAUGAUAUUGUACCUCCUUUAGUACCCAUUUCCCGCUACAGUCAAAACUCCAGCGAUAAUAAUUUAUAUAUUGAUGAAGAAUAUGAUAACUGAAGCAGGUUUUGCGCUUUGGUUCCUGAAUGGUGGUGUCCAAUUUUUGUAUGGAUAAUUGUAAAAAUAUGAAGAAAAACUCUAGUAGUGAAAUAUCUCUGCGUGAGAUAUAAUAUGUACAAUACGUGUUUAAUAUUAAUUCAGGCUUUGGGCUCAAAAUGAAAAAAAAUUUCUUUUGUAUUUUUAUAAGAAAAACUCAUUGUUAUUUGUCAGUAUUAUGUAUGAAAUCUUCUUUUUAUUUUUUAUAAGCAGUUACAUCACGGUUACAUUUAUUGUAUACAUAUUUUGUUUUUAUAGGCAGUUUAAAUGUUGUUGAUUGUCAUUUAGAAUCCUUUUAAAUCCAAUUGUGUUAGUUGCAUAUGGUAUUGUCGAAAGGUCAACCCUUGUUUAAAAGGUCAAAGUAGCCCAGUUCAGGAUGACAAUAAGUUAAUCAAUCACCAUCAUCAGAUGGCGCUACAGUCAGUCAUGAGUCUUGGUCUUCCUGAAAACAUUCACCCCUGGCAAUGUUUAUGUCUCCAUUUCCUCGCUCCAAUAUCUGCUAACCUUUCUCCACCUCGUUCAAAUACCUGAGCUUAGGUCGUUCCCUUUUUCCGACCGGCUUAUUUUUCACGGUUAUUUAGCAGAGUAAUUUCCGUUCGUCCAUCCGCAUCACUUAUUUUAGGCGCUUGAUGUUGAUGAUUUUAACAAUAUCUGUAUCAACAAGAAGUCUAUAGGGUUCAAAAUUGUAUCGCCUUUUCUCAAUACUUUUCUUCUACAGAUUCAUAGCAGCUCUUCAUCUCUCAUCGCCAUUGUCCAUAUUUGUAUUUUGUUGCCUUGACACUUAGUUGAGAGAGACUAGCCCAAAGUAGCAGCAGUUAGCUACGCAUAUUCCCUUUCCUAUUUCUUUGGAUAAUUAUUUUUUGCAGUCCAUCAAUGAGCUUAUUUAGCAGAAUUAUUUCACUAUUUAAAUAGUUUCAUGGUGUAUCUCAAGUUAUUGGGUUAUAUUAUUAAUAUUGCCGGUUUUUACAGUUGAGUCCGGGAAUCUUUACCCGUGCGUCAUCAUUUAAAGCAUACGAACUGCUGUUGCGGACUUGCUGUUGCGUUUAGUAAAUUUCAAUUUCCGACUUAUCAUCGACUUAUUUCGUAUGCUUUAAAUGAUGACGCACGAGUAAAGAUUCCCGGACUCAACUGUAUGUACUUUUCUGUCUGUUAACCAUAAAUUCAAUGUUUCCUGUAGUAUUAUUGAUACGCAUGAAAGCCUUAACUGCUUCAUCUCGAUUUUCCGAUUAUCACGAUAUCAUCAGCAUUGGUCAUUAUUUGUAGCAUUCGGGUAUAUAUCGUACCAUUAAAAUUUAUGCCUGUAUCUCUCAUAGCAUAAUGACGUUCAUGAUUUGCCUGGCGAAGUCAAGACAAUAAUUUAAUUUAAAUAAAAAUUAACGAUAUCGAUUUACUAAUUAAAAUAUCUAAUACCUAACUAUUUUUUCAUUUUGAGUCUAUUAUAAUUAUUGCCUGAAGAUUUGUAAUAUAAGCAAUAAUUUUCAUUCUGAAUACCAUACAGUUUAUUUAAAACAUUGUAAAUUAGUUAUUACACACAUCUGACAAAUAAAUACCUGGAUAAUUAA